AGGGCGUAUUAGUCGCAAAAAAAGAUUUCAAUGCUCCUAAACAUCAGGACAUCGAGGUUACAAAUCUUCAUGUUAUUAAAGCCUGCCAGAGUCUUAACUCUAAAGGCUAUGUGAAGACACAAUUUUCAUGGCAAUAUUAUUAUUACUCUUUAACGAAUGAAGGCAUUGAAUAUCUAAGAGAGUAUUUACAUUUGCCUCAAGAAAUCGUUCCCGCUACAUUCAAAAAACAAGCUAGACAACCCAGUAGGCGUCCUGAAAUGGAAGGAGGUAGGGAAGGUGGAGCUUAUCGGCCACCGCAAAGUCGUUCCGACCGUGAUUACCGUCGCCGCGAUGAUGGAGGUGAAGGUAAAAAGGAGGGUGCUUCAGGUGACUUUAGACCCGAAUUUAGAGGUUAUGGUCGUGGUCGUG